GUUGACUAUGGCCAGCCUCAUGUUUAUUAAUUUAGAAUGUGCGACUAAUUAUGUUUAUUUUGUUAUACUUUUCCCCUUCACACGGGAUGGACGUUGAAAGAAAAACAAAGAAGAGUGAGGCAUUUAAAAAUGAAAAUACUACCCCAUUUUGGAUUAUUGACAAACAAAUGCUACCGUUCAAGAUUCAUUACGUAUUGUUCUUUGGUGGAAUAGGGGCCAUUUCACCGUACAUUGCUGUAGUCGCAAAAAACAGACUGGGGCUAACUGCAACGGCAUUGGGAGCAGUUUUCACAAGUUAUCAGUUGCUUUUGAUUUUUAGCAAGCCAAUUAUUGGAUUUAUAACAGAUUACUUUAAUAAGCUGAAAUGGAUUAUAAUCAUCUUAACCUUAAUUCAAGGAGUUUUUUAUUUUCUUCUACUUCCUAUCCCAAGGAUUACGUCGUCAGAUACUGAACCGAUCUGCAACAUAUCUGAAAUUGCAAAUAGAUGUUUAAUUAGGACUGUUAACAGUACUACUUCUCCCGUUCAAGACGGAAAAAAUUUCUCCCACAGCUACGAUCCUGGAAUAAAUUCUUUCGACGACUGUUGCAGCAAGCAUUCUCAGCAUAAGAAUAAAAGUGAAAAUUAUUCUUCUACUGAAAAUGAAAAUGUGUUUCAAACCUAUCAGUUCUGGCUAUUCACACUCUUUUUGAUAAUAUCCCAAACGUGUACUGAUGCACUUUUCACAUUAUCUGAUACUGCAUGCUAUGAAAUACUUCAAAAUACCAAAUCCGAUUUUGGACGGCAACGGCUUUGGGGUGCCAUGAGCUGGGGCAUAAUAGCUCCAAUUGCAGGUUUCCUAAACGACUUUACGAAUAGCUACUAUCCAUCUUGGAGCAUUAUGGCAAUACUCACAGCUUUGCAAUUGUGGAAUUUAGCACGAGUUGACUUAGUGAAACCACAACCAUCUCAAAAUAUACUGAAAGACAUUAGAAAUGUUCUUGGCUCACUUGAAUUCAUAGCUUUCCUAGGUGGAGUGUUGAUGAAUGGCAUGGCAACAAGCCUUAUUUGGUUUCACUUAUCUUGGUUUUUUGUUAGUUUGGGUGGCAACCGUCUCUUAGUGGGCUUAUCGCAAACAAUUCAGUGCUUUGUUGAAAUUCCAUUCAUGUUUUUCUCGAAUAAUGUUAUUGAAAGAUUGAAGCACUUUAAUGUGGUUACUCUGGCUUUGUUUUGUCACGGAAUUAGAUUCUUUUGGUACAGCUACUUCCAGAAUCCUUGGUUCAUGUUGCCCAUCGAAAGUUUACAUGGAUUAACCUAUGGCGUGUAUUUUCCCGCGAUGACUGCGUAUGGAAAAUCGAAUUCCAAACCAGGGAUGGAAGCUACUAUACAAUCCGUUCUUGCUGCAUCCUAUGAAGGAGGAGCUGGACUUGGGUGCGUUCUGUCUGGAAUUGCAUUUGAUCGCUUUGGAGGUCAGACAACGUUCUUUUACGCAGGGAUCUUCUGUUCACUUGCGUCUUUAAUCAACAUCGCAUCUACUAUUGUGAUAAACAGGAGAAACGUCUCCUUAGAAAUUACUACUUCGACUGCUUAGAGUAUUGAAACAAUUUUUUAACACAACAAUAAAAUGUUCUACACAACAAGAAACAAUGUGGCCAAUUUUUAUGUUUAAAAGAAAAACAUAUCUUUUGUUGCAAACUUA